AUGGUGUUUAUGUUCUUUUGCCCCGCCUUUCUCUUGCUCACACCGCCCCCGCCCACGCCGAGGAGAUAUGGACCGAAGCGCGGGGCGUCAGCGGCGGCUGUGGCUCCCGUGCUGCCGACGACCCCCGGCAGCCCGAUUGCGGUUGCCGCUAGAGUGAUCUCUCAGGAGGAGUCCGUCCGUUCCACUCUAAGGAUGAAGAGAGCGGCAGAGGCGAUAGCUCUCGAAGACGCACGGAUACUUGCAGAAGUAAAACGCCAAGAAGAGCAGCGAAGGCGCCAGUCGGAGCACAGGGUGGCCGCAUCGCCUCCCCUUCCAAGGACUAAAGACGACCACGGCGACGACCCUGCCGAGGAAGAAGAAGACGCCAGAGCCAGGGGAUCCCUUCCCUCAAACCCCAUGUCCUGCUGCACCCUAUGCCCAUGCAUGACUAAAAAGCAAGCCGAGAAGAUGCGGGUGCGGGCACUGCGGGUUCUCGCGGCUCGUGAAGAGGCCGAAAUCGAUCAGGAUAGAGCACUGGCGCUUACCCUGGAGGUGUUGAGGAGGAAACACGCCGACAAGCGGCGGGGAGUCAGCACACUUCCUUCUGUACCAGGCAACAAGAGGGCGCAUUCCCCGCCAAGGAAAAGCAGGAGACCGGAUAACCACCGGACUACCUUGGCGAGGAGGGUUAAGGACUCGGCCGCCAGGUUGUGCGGCCUGAGCCAGGCGCAGGUUCUCCUGCUCCGACGGUCGAGGAAACUUGGUCGAGAGGGCGACGCGCCCAGGACGGUUUCCGAGAGGCGAACGGAACAGCUGGCUCAACCAAAAGAACACCGACCAGCUACGCGAACAAGGUGUGGCCGAGUGAUGACACUGGUAUCUAGCAGCAACACCAGUGUAGCUGCCCUCGCUGCGAGGGAGGUGCAGAUGAAAACCCGCUGGUAUCUUGUCGUUCGCAGACAACUGGCUUCUAAGGUUUCCAGAAAUCCGGCCACCGACGCGUUGGUGGAGGAGCUAACAAAAACAAUGACGGACAAGGAAAAACGAGCGUUCUUACACGCGUGUUUGGCGGAUGCGAAGGAGUGCACCCAUCGACCAUACACCCGUUCGGCAGCAGCAGUCGCUCGACACCGAAGGGGUGGUGCGGGUGAUGGUGCAACAGGGGGUGGUGAGGAGGCCAAGGAUGGGUCAGGACCUGGAGCAAGUAUUGACGCGUUCCUUUAUCGAAUGGACGCCCAAGAGCGAGCCAAGAACGCCGCGAUGGAGCACCGUCGAGGCGAGCUGGCAUACAAGGCCGUUCUGGACAAACGAGUAUGUCCAGAUUGCGGGGCCGAGCAAUCCUACGAUGAGGUUGAGGAGAAACGAAAGAUAUGCCCGAACUGUGAAGCUGAAUAUCGCAAGCCGAAGACGUGGGCAAGCGUCCGAAAGAUACGGACUUUCGCGCUUGGAAGCCACCGUAGCUACGACGGCGCCGAGGGGGAACGCUUGUUCUGGGAAGACAUCGAGGACGACUUCUUUUGCAGGCUGCAACAUGAUGCAGCCAGACGGCAAGCGUCUCUUGAAUCUCGGUCAGCGGCUCUUUACCAGGACUGGACGUUCCGGCCUACGCUCAGCGCCGCUAGCGAGCGUGUUGUAGACGAAAGCGCAUGGGCAGGUUCGUUCUCCAAACUACUGUACACUUUUCGGUUGUCACCGGCGCUACAUCCAGGGCAGCUAGAUUCAGGAGUGCAUGUCAAAGUUGGCGCAGACUUAUCCCUACAUCUCGCUGCAACUCGUACCCACUUGCUCGCCUCCCGAACAUUCUAG